GGGCUGUAAUGAUGAGAUGGUGAGCUGGGACAGGCUGGAGUUCCGCUCGGUCCAGACUGCAGGAAACACGACGUGGAGUGAAAAAAGCCCCAGACACCGACAAAGAUCGACGGAUGACUGAGUGACUGUCAAACAGAUUUACUGCUGUGAACGCUGAACGUUGUUUUUGUGUUUUCUGUUUUUCGACCGAGAUUUUUCCAACAUGCCUCGGCGGAAUGUACAAGAAGUUACAGUUGAAGACGUGCAGAAGAGACGAAACCCCAACAAACAUUAUGUUUACGUCAUCAAAGUUUCUUGGACUGAUGGGAGCAAUGAGAUCAUUUUCAGGCGCUACAGUAAAUUCUUUGAUCUUCAGAUGGAGCUUCUGGAUAAAUUCCCUGUGGAGGGAGGACAGAAGGACCCAAAGCGCAGGAUCAUCCCCUUUUUGCCAGGCAAGAUUCUGUUCAGAAGAAGUCACAUCAGAGAUGUGGCCAUGAAACGCCUGAAACCCAUCAAUGAGUACUGCGGGGCUCUGAUCCAGCUGCCGGUCUACAUUUCUCAGUGUGAGGAGGUCCGUGUGUUUUUUGAGACCCGUCCCGAAGACCUGAACCCACCCAAAGAGGAACCCAGUGGAAAGAAGAAGUCAGGCAUUGUGGAGCGAGCGACUUCUUUCAUUAAGAGAGGAGGAGACUCGUCGUCGGCUGACCCGCUGCUCUUGGAUCAGUAUGUGGCUGUCACGGACUAUGAGAAACAGGAAAGCUCUGAGAUCAGUCUGUAUGUGGGCCAGGUGGUGGAGGUGAUUGAGAAGAACGAGUCCGGUUGGUGGUUUGUAAGUACAGAGGACGCUCAGGGUUGGGUACCGGCCACAUGUCUGGAAGCUCAAGAUGACCCCGAUGAGUUCUCAAUGCCCGCGGACGAAGGAGUGUGCCGGAGAUUCUGGUCACUGCCGAGACGCGUCACUCGCAGACGUACUUUAGGAGAUCUGUUCACAACGGGCUUCAGUCGAGAGGAGAAGUACACAGCGAUCUAUCCAUACGCUGCACGUGAUGAAGAUGAGAUCGAUUUAGAGAGAGGCAUGACUGUUGAAGUCAUUCAGAAAAACUUAGAAGGCUGGUGGAAAAUCAGGUAUGAAGGUAAAGAAGGCUGGGCGCCGGCGUCCUAUCUAAAGAAAUCUGACGUGUUGGGUCAGAAGAUGUCAGCCGGUGGUCCGGUUCAUGCCAGCGCUAAUGAUCUGGACACGGCUGGAAAACAGCAAAACCAGAGAGACAGAUUCACACCGCUAACAGAGACUAAACACAAAGCAGGCUCACGACAGAGACCUCCACCACGUCGAGACCUCACUAUACCACGAGGAGUGAAUCUUCCUAAACCUCCAGUGCCCCCACAAGUAGAGGAGGAAUAUUACACUAUAGCUGACUUUCAGACCACCAUCCCUGACGGUAUUAGCUUCCAGGCCGGAGUCAAAGUUGAGGUCAUUGAAAAGAACUCGAGCGGUUGGUGGUACAUUCAGAUAGACAGUAAGGAGGGCUGGGCUCCGGUCACUUUCAUAGAUAAAUACAAGAAGACCAGUAACGCCUCUAGGCCUAACUUUUUGGCCCCGCUGCCAGGUGAGAUGGCUCAACUUAAACUUGAAGACACCGUGAGCAAUAACGACAACUCGGAAGAUAGUUGGUCCAAGCCCCUGCCAGAGGAACCCUCAUCCAACUCAGAUUUUUCAAGCCGCCCCAAGCCGAGAGAAUGGAAGUCCAAUGCAGUCAAGAGCAGCUCCCCUUUUUCUGGGCCCUUACCCCCACCUCCAUCCUCACCCACGGCCGAAGAGAAGCCAGCCUUACCGCCCAGGAGAGAAUCCAUCAACAAGAGUCUGGAACUAGAGGACAAACCAAGAGCAAACCUAGACCUGGCCAAACCUCUCCCACCCAAACCACCAGCCCCAGGGGUCAUCGUCCCACUGGUAGCACCAAAAGCACCUCCCGUCAAACCUGACAAACCCCCGGAGCUAAAGAAAGAGGAGAAGAACAAGCAACUGUACCUGCGCAACGAGAUGGGCUUGGAGUGCGGCCACAAAAUUUCGGCCAAAGAGGUGAAAAAGUUUAACCUGAAGCAUGUGCCGAAGCAGCCUCCCAAACCCAAGCCAGAUUCGCGCGACGAGAAACCGGAGUGUGUCGUCCCAGCUCCGGCCCCAUUUCUAAAACCGAAGCCGGUCGUCAGACCGAAGCCUACCCCUGCGGCCAAACCGGAGCCUUUAGCCAAGAGUGAGCUGGAUAUCACAAACCUGAGAAGUAAACUUCGCCCGUCCAAGCCUUUGGAGCAUGGCAGCAACUCGAGUGAUCCCGGUCAACAGAACGACGCCUCAUCCGAUGCACCCGCUAUCCCCCCGAACAAUGGACGAUCGAACGAAGAGGCAAAAUUCCCAUUGAAACAACAAAACGGGCACGAGCCGUCAGCGAUGUCGAAACCGCCAAUGAAGGAGCCACCACUAAGGCCCUCUGUGGCUCCUAGAAGACCUCCUCCACCGAAGAAGAGUUCUGAACCAGCCAGUCCAACGGACACCAGGACUCCAGAGAAAGACUUUCAGGAGACCAAACCAACCGCCCCUCCUCAAAUCAGACCCCCACCGCCCAAAACCAAAGCCUUCGCUCUUCCAGCUUUAAAGGAUGAAGCCAAGCCCAAAGUGCCUGUGCCUGUGCCACCCAAGCCUCUUAUUAAAACCGAGAAACCGGGACCCCCAAAAGAUAAACUGCCACCUCUCAUCAAGGAGACGGCCAAAGAGGAGCUCUUCCUGGCCGUGGCCGACUUUGACGGAGACGAGCAGACGCCUGGCUUCAAAGAGGGCGCCGUUUUUGAAGUGCUGGAGAAGCAGAGCAGUGGCUGGUGGUUUUGUAAAAGUGUCAGUCGUGAGCCAAUGAUGGAGGGCUGGAUCCCUUCAAAUUACCUGACCAAGAAACCUUAGGUACUCUGACACAAACCUUAUUUAAUUAACAGCUUUUAUUUAUGGGUACCGUUUUUAUCACAUUCCAUCCUUUUUUUUAUGUUACCUAACCGUUUUUGUGUUAACCAAACCUUUACCUAUAUACAGUAUAUAUAUGUAUGUGUGUAUCGCUGAGGGUUUAAAUGACUAGCAAUAUAUAACUGACCUUUCACUGCUCAGUACUCGCAGCGUUUUGCAAGCAGGUAUAUCAGCUUAAUUCUGUAUUACUCGUACUAGAAAUCCUUACAAAUAUCAGAUUAGAGCUCAAAUAGCAGAAACAAAACCCAGAGACUUUUUUUAACACCUUGUAGUUUUAACACUUUAUUAGGAAUCAUGUAGUCCUAACAUUUGUGUUUCUUUUAUUAUAUGCUUUUAUGUGUUAACACUACAAACUUGACAAAUCCUUUUAUUUCUUUAUUUAUCAGCCUUUGCAUAAAAUGAGGACUUUUGAUUUUGUGUCCAUUUGCACUUUUCAGAUUUGCCAUAGACAUUGAGUUGGUAAGAGAAGGUGUCGAAUAAGUAACAGACAUGAGAAAAUGGCUUUAAGGUUUAAAGUACGGUAACAUUAGCAAACAAUCAUUCAAAAUCUGAACCCCAUUGUUUUUCUCUACCAGUGUCCAAUUGUAAAUAAGAGUGUAUGGGUUUACAUCCGAACCACAAUCAUAUCUUCAUUACUUUAUAUACAAGUAUUGCCCAAAACUAUUUUCAUUACAUGACAAAGGUGCUUAGUUUACAGUCAAAUGUUUUCAUGCUUGACUGGUUUCAAGCUUAGAUUUCGAUAGAUGCGUUUAUUAUUAACGCUACAAUUAAAAACGUGUAGUCAUUGUUACUUUGUGUUUUAAAGUGUUUUUGUCGUCCAUUUCUUUGGUAAUCUGGAUAGUGAAUCAGUGUUAAAUAGGUGCCUGGUGGGACUUGUUGACAAUACUGGGAGCAGCAGAACUCUUUCUCUGGUUUUACACAUCAACUCCUGGUUGCAGUCAAACACAUCUGUGUCUCUGAAUGAAUGAAUGAAAGGUUAUGAGAGGAUAACUGCAGGUAUAUAUCAAUGUGUGCCAUUCAUUCAUUCAUCCACUGUAUUUACAACGCGGCAAUCAUACACAGAAGAGGAUCGUAUGCAAGUGUAUAAGGAAAUUCACAUUGGAUAUUCAAACGUUUUUCUGUUUGUGAACAAAAAGUUAAAGGAAAUGAUGACUGAGCUGUUGACUAUGUAUUUUUUAAGCAUUUGAGUUGUGACGCUUGUUUUGCGUGAUUAUAUUUUAUGUUUUGACUCAUCUUUUUUACUUGAUGUAAACCAAAUAAACAUUUCAAAUUGGCAAAAA